UAACAACAGCUCAAGACCCAUCAAGAUGACUAUGAUCAGGAUUACCAUCUUCAUCAUGACUUAUCUGAGCCUCAUCUCCCAUGGCCAAGGUUUUGAGGUGGUGCAGCCAAAGACUCAGACAGUGAAUGGUGACGGCUCAGUCUCUAUCAGUUGUGGCCACAAUGCCAGUGACAGCAUUGUCGAUGUACGACUGAACCAACUAUCUCUAGUGGAGAAACAGAGUAGGCGAUCACUUCUCUGCCAGUGGCAAAAGGACAAGUGUCACAAUAUAGUCUUAUAUGAGGAGAAUUCCAGAAAAUACCUUUUCAUCAUGCUGUACGUUGGAGCAGAGCAGAUGGACUUUGGCUAUGAAUGUGAGUUCACAGUGACAAGAGAAGAUGAUCUACAUGAAACCAAGAGAGGAGAGCCAACCAGACUGCUUCCAGGGCCAAAGGAGGCACAGCAGGUUCUGGUCCUUCACUCUGUACCACCUCCUCGGGCUCCACCUGCUCCUCAGGAGUCACAGCUCAGGUGGUGUCUGAUUGGUUUGCUGACUCUGAUGCUGCUGUACAGCUGUGUCAUCACUGCCUUCUACAUCAUGCUAUGGAACAGUAGACGAGAACCUGACAUCAAUGCCACCUAUGUGGAAAUGAGGAAAGUCCUUCAGCGAGGACACUGAUUGAACAGAUGAAGCACAUCCAAUAAAGGUUUAUGGGACAGCACUAUUACAUUAUGUUUUUUCCCAGCAAUUUCUUUGUUUGCCUUUUUGGGGGAGGAGGGGAGUCCCCCUUCUGGGACAAAGCAUACUUCUACUAACAUCCAGCAGGCGUGAAAGUAUAUCUGUUCUGUCUUUCACCUUAGUUGCAGCUACAACAGACUCUCAUCUAUUCACCCUUCU